UAUCGUUUGGCCACCACCACUCAUCGAGAGACAGCAAAACAACGCGAAUUCAUUCGGCAUAACGCGAUUUCAGUUGCCGAAAAAAGUUUUGUUGUGCAAUUGCUAAAAAAAAACCACAAUUGAACGUUUGAAAGCCGAGUGACAAUUUAUAACGUUUGCUCUUGGGCAGUGGGAGAGUGAAAGAAAGCAGCAGCAGCUGCUGCAGUUAACGUGAAUUCGUGAAUUAAGAAGCGAGUGAUUUCUUGAUUAAAGCGCAUAGAAACAAGAGAAGAACAAGAGAAAAAUCGAAAUGAAGAAGCAGCAUGAAUUUCGCUAGAUUACGUGUGUGUAUGGCCGUGUGUAUGUGUGUGUCUAUAUUAGCUUAGUGAUAUUUUUAAUUGUGCUUUAUGCCCGCCGACGCCGACGUAGCCCGUUGUCAAAUUAAUUCCGCUGUGUCGAACACAUUUGCCGUUAGUCAGUACCAGCAGCAGCAGCAACAUUUACAGCUAAGCAGAGGCUCGUGUCUACGUGCCCAUAACAAACCAGAAAACCAACGUCGCUGUCGCUGUCCGUCCGCCAGCGAACGUCACCUUGAAGUGCCACUGCCGCUGCCGCAGUCACAAGGCGCGCACAAGUCGACGUUGUCGGUUGUCGGUUGUUGUUGCUUCCUCGCCGUCUCGCUUCCUUCUCCGACAACAACAGCAAAGUCCAACUCUGGGCCAACCCCGAGUGUGUGAGAAGCUUACAUCACGUGUUUGAGGUGACGGCAACAUUGUAGCUGAACAUCACGCGCUCAAACGAAACGCUCUCUGAGAAUCGUCUCUCUCUCUCUCUCCCGAUAUAUUCGCCUGCUCACUGAGGUGGCCAUGUUUUCGCUACAGCAGCUGAUCAAAGCUACAGCCGCAGCGUCGUCAGGUAGCGGCGGCGUGGGCGGCGCUAUAGAUCUAUAUAAGUUCCUCAGGCAACUCAGCAGCAGCGCUGCCACACGCGGCAGCGGCGUGACGUCAACAUCAGCUGAAGCUACAACUACAACGACAACUACAGCAAUACCAAAGCAAUCUAGUCAAGCGCCGUCGAGCGAAUUCCACUUCAGCGACAGCGUCAGUCACAAUUCGCCUUUGCCAGCGCACGGUUGCUGUUCGAGCGAAUCGAAAUCGAAAUUGAAAUCGGAGUCGGAGUCGGCGCACGACGUGAAUAUAAUACCAAAGCAAUUUGUACGCAAUAUAUUGCAGCAACGCAGCCAGGACAUACAGCGAUUCAUUCACACGCAGCGCAACGUUGACAACGCCAAAUCCUCCUCGCAUCAUCAGCAACAACAAACAACAAAGUUUGCCAUGUCCUCACUGGCAGCAGAGCCUCUUCAGGCUGAGAUCUCCUCCAGCGAUGGCAGCAACAACACUAAUGCCACAGUGGCAGUAACCGAUGGCACCUCCUGCCACGAGACUGUCUCCAGCCCUGGCCAAAAACCCUGCUUCAAUUCUGGCCUUGCCGACAUUCUGCAGUUCAUGGAGCUCAUUGGCAACCUCAAGCACACCAAACGCACUGGUUGGGUUCUGCGGGAUGUCAACGACUGUGAGUCCAUUUCGGGACACAUGUAUCGGAUGAGCAUGCUUACCUUUCUGCUGGACGGCAGUGAGGGGCUGAAUCAGAUACGCUGCAUGGAACUGGCGUUGGUGCAUGACUUGGCCGAGAGUCUGGUGGGAGACAUAACACCCUUUUGCGGUGUGUCCAAGGAUGAGAAACGGGCCAUGGAGCUUAAGGCCAUGGAGGACAUUUGUAAACUAAUUGAGCCCCGUGGCAAGCGCAUCAUGGAACUGUUCGAGGAAUACGAAAACGCGGAGAGUGCAGAGUCAAGGUUUGUCAAGGAUUUGGAUCGAUUGGAUAUGGUUAUGCAGGCGUUUGAGUAUGAAAAACGCGACAAUUGCCUGCUGAAGCACCAAGAGUUCUUUGACUCCACAGAAGGCAAAUUCAAUCAUCCGUUUGUCAAGAAACUUGUCAACGAGAUCUACGAACAACGCGACUUGCUGGCCAAGGCCAAGGGAGCAACGCCGCCGCCGGCCAUUGAAGUGCCUCGCAUGGAACUCACGUCGCCCACAAAGCUAUCCAAUGGGCAAGGCAGUUCAAGUUGAGCAUGGAACGGAUUUUUUGCUUGCAUUGCAAUUGUUUUAAGUUUUGAGAUUUAGGUUAGCACACAUACACACGGACACACCUUCAUACACACACAAGCACUUAAUUUUUAAGCCAAUUCAACUAACAAAAGAUUGUUAAGCCUACCUCGACACGCUCAUAGCUAGAAUUUACACUUAUCAUUUUAAUUUAUUUUUCAAAACUUUCUUAUUGUUUAGUUAAACUAUUGACACGGCAGUCUGUGCCAUCAUUUGUUAAACACUCCCUUUAGUUCAAUUUUAUUUGAUUAAGUGUUAAAGUCGUAGCUAAAUACGUGAUUGAAGAUGUAACACAACUGUACAUAAACCUAUGCAGAAAUUUUAGCUAAUUUUAAAAGAAUUGCAAAAUAUUUUAAAAGUUGUUAGGUGCAAAAUUGUACGUCAAAUCAAACAAAAAUAAAAAACUCACAGUGUAUGUCAUUAAUAAAAUUUCGUAAUCGAAAAUCAAAUCAAAAAAAAUAAAUAAUUUUCCUUCAAAAUACUUUAUCGUGAAAAAAGUGUCGUACUUUAAAAUUAUAAAA